AGAGGACCAGGGAAGGGGGUGGAGCGAAGGAGGGGUGUGCACAGAGGCAACUUAAGAGCAGCUUCUCCAAGCACACUCAGAGCUCAAGAACACACUUCAGCUGUCCCACAACAGCUCUGCCCUCCGGACAUCCGUGGCUGCCUUCACCAUGGACAGUAUGAGCACAGCCAUCCUGCUCCUGCUCCUGGCUCUCAUCUGCCUCUUCCUGACGCACAGCUCAAGAGGCAAAGGGAAACUGCCCCCAGGACCCAGACCCCUCCCGCUCCUGGGAAACCUGCUGCAGCUUCGCUCCCAAGACUUGCUGACCUCCCUCACCAAGCUGAGCAAGAAGUAUGGCUCCGUAUACACAGUGUACCUGGGGCCCAGGCGGGUGGUAGUCCUCAGCGGGUACGAAGCUGUGAAGGAAGCCCUUGUGGAUCAAGGGGAGGAGUUCAGCGGCCGAGGCAAAUACCCUGUUUUUUUCAACUUCACUAAGGGCAAUGGCAUUGCCUUCUCCAAUGGCGAACGAUGGAAGGUCCUGAGAAGGUUCUCUGUCCAGAUUCUGCGGAACUUCGGGAUGGGUAAGAGGAGCAUUGAGGAGCGGAUCCUGGAGGAAGGCGGCUUUCUGCUGGAGGAACUGCGGAAAACUGAAGGUGAGCCCUUCAACCCCUUGUUUAUGCUGAGUCGCUCGGUGUCCAACAUUAUCUGUUCGGUGAUCUUCGGCAAACGUUUUGACUACGACGAUGAGCGUCUGCUCACCAUCAUCCACGUCAUCAACGACAACUUUCAAAUCAUGAGCAGCCCCUGGGGCGAGCUGUACAACCUCUUCCCGAGCCUCCUGGACUGGGUGCCUGGGCCGCACCAACGCAUCUUCCAGAACUUCGGGAACCUGAGAGAUCUCAUCUCCUGCAGCGUCCGCGAACACCAGGCCACCCUAGACCCCAACUCUCCCCGGGACUUCAUAGAUUGCUUCCUCACCAAAAUAGCACAGGAGAAAGAGAACCCGCUGAGCCACUUCCAUAUGGACACCCUGUUGAUGACCACACAAAACCUGAUCUUCGGAGGCACAGAGACGGUGGGCACCACGCUGCGCCACGCCUUCCUCGCCCUCAUGAAAUACCCCAAAAUUCAAGCCCGCGUGCAGGAGGAGAUUGACCGCGUGGUGGGACGCUCCCGGCUGCCCACCCUGGAGGACCGCGCAGCCAUGCCGUACACAGAUGCGGUGAUACACGAGGUGCAGCGUUUCGCAGAUGUCAUCCCGAUGAACUUGCCGCACCGCGUCAUUCGGGACACCGCCUUCCGCGGCUUCCUGAUACCUGAGGGCACAGAUAUCAUCACCCUCCUUAACACGGUGCACUAUGACCCCAGCCAGUUCCUGAAACCCCAGGAAUUCAAUCCCGAGCAUUUCCUAGAUGCCAAUCAGUCUUUCAAGAAGAGCCCUGCCUUCAUGCCCUUUUCAGCUGGGCGCCGACUGUGUCUCGGAGAAUCGCUGGCACGCAUGGAGCUCUUCCUCUACCUCACCGCCAUCCUCCAGAGCUUCUCGUUGCAGCCGCUGGGGGAACCCGAGGACAUCGACCUGACCCCAUUGGGGUCAGGUCUGGGUAAUUUGCCACGGCCUUUCCAGCUCCGCCUGCUGGAGCGCUGAGCCCUCGGCCCUUCACGAUUAGCCUGUAAGCGCCAGGCCCGCGCCCACGAGUUGCUCCGUUUGUUGGCAUAACCACAGCCAUCUUCCUUUCCCCACCCCGACUUUAUGAAUACUGUUCUUAUUCUCUAGGAAUAGAAACUUGCCGGUCUCUAUUGUCUCCUUGAGAGAUAAAGACUUGCUGGUCUCUGUCCUCUCCUUGAGAGAUAAAUACUUGCCCAUCUCUGUUCCCAAGAAACAGUAACUUGCCUUCCGCAAAAUCAGGUGAUGCUUGCUAUGCCAGUCGCAAGGGCUAAACCGGCCCCUAAGGGGCGGCCAUGAUUCUGAUCUAUAAAAGGUAAUCCUCAAGAGGGAGUUGUUGCUGCUCUUUCUCUCUCUGCGCCAAGCAGCCUGUCAGGGGCCCCACAAUAAAUCUGCUUCUGCCUCUGUC